ACAAACUCAGAAAAUGAACCUUUUUCAGGCAAUAACAAGUGCUUUGGAUAACUCAUUGGCCAAAGAUCCUACUGCAGUAAUAUUCGGUGAAGAUGUUGCCUUUGGUGGAGUCUUUAGAUGUACCGUUGGCUUGCGAGACAAGUAUGGAAAAGAUAGAGUUUUUAAUACCCCAUUGUGUGAACAAGGAAUUGUUGGAUUUGGGAUUGGAAUUGCAGUCACUGGUGCUACUGCCAUUGCAGAAAUUCAGUUUGCAGAUUAUAUUUACCCAGCUUUUGAUCAGAUUGUUAAUGAAGCCGCCAAGUAUCGAUAUCGCUCUGGGGAUCUUUUUAAUUGUGGAAGCCUCACCAUCCGUUCCCCUUGGGGCUGUGUUGGCCAUGGGGCUCUCUACCAUUCUCAGAGUCCUGAAGCUUUUUUUGCCCACUGCCCAGGAAUUAAGGUGGUUGUACCCAGAAGCCCUUUCCAGGCCAAGGGACUUCUUUUGUCAUGCAUAGAGGAUAAAAAUCCUUGUAUAUUUUUUGAACCUAAAAUACUUUACAGGGCAGCAGUGGAACAGGUUCCUGUGGAACCAUACAACAUCCCCCUGUCCCAGGCCGAGGUCAUUCAGGAAGGGAGUGAUGUUACUCUAGUUGCCUGGGGCACUCAGGUUCAUGUGAUCCGAGAGGUGGCUUCCAUGGCUCAAGAAAAGCUUGGAGUGUCUUGUGAAGUCAUUGAUCUGAGGACUAUACUACCUUGGGAUGUGGAUACAGUUUGCAAGGUGAGACUAUAGAAUCUCAUUUCCUUA